AUGGACCACGCGACUUCCGCGUCCCCAGCGAUGACCUUCAGUGUCCUGGCCUCCACUGCUCCAGUCCUUGCGCCACGAGUAGGCAAAUUGGCCAUUCCAGGCCGAAAGACCGUCGCGACGCCGCACCAUGUCCCGCUCACUUCGCGGGGCACAGUCCCACAUGUUGCGCAUGAUGUGAUGCGUGAUCACACUGAGAUCAACAGCUUGUAUGCUGGAUUAGAAGAUUUCAUCGCGAAAAAGCAGGCCCCCGUUUACAAGACACCCGUCGCCGAUCAUGAGUCGCCAUUGAAGAAAUUCAUUUGUGUGGCCGAGGAUAUGCCUUUGAUCCUAGGUCCUCGGCGAUUCCCUCCUAUCGCAUGCCCGCCCGCAAAUACAUCGACUUCCAUUGCGCUGCUGACCUCAGUCGGAUUCACCCAGUUAACUGCGAAUGAUUACGUGAAAGCAGUUCAAAAGCUAAGACCGGAUAUCGCGGUCGGGAUGGUGGACCUUGCGAAUAAGCAGCCAGGGUCCAAGAGGCGGGGGAAGAUGGUUGACCGGACGCAUGCUUGGACUCGAGAUGCAUUGGAGCAGCUCUAUGGAGACGCUGUACCAGAGCAAGAGAAGUCAAAGAGCGCAUACUUUGCACCUAUCUUGCCUCUCGAUAACGCGCAGCAGUCUCUCUAUUUGGAUGAUUUGGAGAGCGAGUUCCGGUGGGAUAUAUCCGGUCUCGCGCUAUAUCAGUCUGCGUCACUGGGAUUCGUCCCAGAAUCGUUGGCGAACCUUCCUCGAUUGCUCUUCAGUGAGCCUGAGACUCCCCACACUAUCCUACGAGAUGUAUCGCUUGGAGCAGACCUUCUGACCUCGCCUCUACAGGGCGCAGCGUCAGAUGGGGGCAUCGCGAUGGAAUUCGUCUUCCCCGCUCCUGCUGCCCUGCAAGAGGGCAAGUCCGAGCCUCGGCCUUUGGGAGUUGAUCUGUGGACCGGAGACCACACCACAGAUACAUCUCCGCUGGGUGAGGGAUGUGAAUGCUAUACCUGCAAGAAUUACCAUCGUGCUUAUAUUCACCAUCUCCUACUUGCCAAGGAGAUGACCGCUUGGGCGCUCCUCCAAGUCCACAAUUUCCACGUCAUGGAUACAUUCUUCGCAGGAGUGCGGGGGAGUAUCCAACGUGGUUCUUUCGAGCAGGACGUUGAGACCUUUGCUCGUGUCUAUGCCUCUUCGAUGCCAGAGAGUAGUGGAAAGGGUCCCAGAUUACGUGGAUAUCAACUCCCGGCCAACGGCUCUGAUCAACCCCGCCGCAAGCCCAAGGCAUGGGGCCUACUUGACGAUGCUAAGCAGAAAUUCGCUGGGACUCAGUCUGAAAUCGCUACCCCGGACACCGAUGCGAGCGGACUCGAGGAACACGGGUUUGCCGAAAAGUUGAGAUAA